UCGGAAUUUAAAGUGUUAAAAAACAUGAUCCUUUAAUUUGUCAAUAAUUAUGAAUCUUUUCAUCAUAAUGUGAUGACAUUUUUACUUAUUUUCAUUUUGAGUGUAAUGGAAAAAAUUAAGUAAAUACUACUGAUAUAGUGUAUGUCACAUAGUUACUAAAUACAAGUUUGUAUACCCAGCUUUGAGAAAUAGUUUUGUUGUGUGAAAAUUUGUAGUGAGAUUUAUUAUAUUCAACCGUUCUAAUAAAAAUAAAUGGAAUAAGGUUUAUUUAAAUCUGUUACUUGAUGGACAAAGAUAGAUGGUGGCUAGAAGUGGAAAUGAGGACGCGCGUUCCGUCCUAUUUGAGACUUAUCAGAUGGAUGUACCUGAAAUCUGCAUAGGAUGUACAUAUGCCGAUAAGAGACUGACCAAUUGCAGUCUUAAACAUCAAUGGGAAGAUUCGAACAAACAAUAUAAAAUGUUACUUGAUGGUUUGAAUUUUUCUAUGUUCUAACCAUUGAACUGAAAGGGGUGUCUCUUUAUGGAAAAGUUGUUCAACUAAAUCGCAGUAAGUUCAUCAUUAUGAAAUCCUAAUCGAAUGAAUUUUUGAAACACUAAAACCAAUAUUCAAACACCUUUUUACUUCUAUUCACUAUAAAACAUUUUUUAAAUCAGAUUUAAAUGAGAUAAACAACUUUUGUUUACAUUUACACUUUUUAUCAUAAAUUCACCUGAUAGUAGUAACUGAAUAUGUUAUAAGAUCCUUGUUGAGUUCAUUAACACUUGCCAAGAUAUGAACAUAUUCAUCAAUUCACAAAUUAAAAACUGAAUAGAACUUGUAUCCCAUGUAUUAAUAUUAACUAGCCUAUCAAUCAGUUAUUAUUAUCAACAUUAGUUCAUUAAAAAGACGUUCUUUUUCAAAUCAAGUGAGUAAAAAAUCAUGACAGAUUAGAGAUCAUGAUAAUUUUCCUUAUACAAAACACCAACUAUGAAACAUCACAUCUCAUUCUGUAUAAUUAGUCAUUAAUGUCAGUAUUUUUUUUAUUGGGAUCAUGAACCGAUUGAUGUUAGAACACCAUUGAAAACCUGGAAGCACUGGAUGGUCAUUUCUUCCUAUUGUGGGACUUCUCAGAAGUGCGCAUCCACGAUCCUGCCCGCGGGAUUCGAACCCGGGGCCUUCAGUCUCGCGCGCGAAUGCAUAACCCAAAAAACCUAACAAUCUCCACAACCCCUAAACUGAUUGUUACCAUGUGCUCACUAGUGACUAGCUUCGUGGGAAAAUUUUCGGAGUUCUGGUGAGAAGCCGUAACCAGUGGAGCUAAUCCGUGUCGGGUAGAAACAGGUGUUUACUUCAGUACAAUGGAAGAUGGUCGCGCAACUUCGUGGAUUGGUUGAUGUUAGACACUAACACCAUUAGAUACCGGCUCAGUGGUCUAGUAGGUUAAGCGUUUGCGCGCGUGACUGAAGGCCCUGGGUUCAAAUCCCGUGGGCGCGAUCAUGGAUGCGCACUGCUGAGGAGUCCCACAAUAGGACGAAAUGGCCGUCUAGUGCUUCCAGAUUUUCAAUGGUGGUCUAACAUCAAUCUGUGCAUGAUCUCAAUCAAAAACUUAACAAUCUUCCAAACCUCUAAACUGAUAAUUAAUGUUAAUAGUUAAAAUCAAGGUCAUUUUCACUAUUCCCCCCCUACACACACAUAAGAGUAUUAUUGGAAAUAACAUGAUAAACAAAAUUCACAGAUUAUGUAUUAUAGCCAAUUAAAUUAAGCGUAAAAUACAAUGAAUUCAUCACAUAUGUUCAUUUGUUUAUCCUCAUUUUCUAUCACUUCAUGUUAAUCAACCCCAUUGUAUGAUCACUAUUUUAUACAUUUUUGGCCUAGAUACUAAUAAUCACAAUAAUUCAAGUGAAUUUCAUAUUUAACCAGUGAUUUAUUUUCAUCAAUGAAUUAGUCAAAUGAUGUCUUACUUAUGGAUUAUUAACAAUUCUAUUUCUUUAUUUUCCUACUUCUUUAUUUUUCAUUUUAAGUAAAAUGAGUGAUUCAACUGACAGAAUGCACAUGUAUAUACAUAUGUAUAUACACGAAGAAGCAAAUUAUACUACUACCAAUACUACUACUAUUACUACUACUACUACUACUACUAAUAAUAAUAAUAAUAAUAAUAAUAAUAAUAAUAAUAAUAAUAAUAAUAAUAAUACAGAAAAUAUUCAGAAAAAAUCAACAAUUUACACAUGA